CAAACACGCGCUUGCAUUCGUAAUAUUUCCUCCGCGUUGCAGGACUCAUCAGAAGGGUUGGGAAAGGCACCAGCGGAAAUGAGUUUCUUAGCCGGGCGUUUAGCGGCCACAGAGGGCGCUUAUUUCCUCCACGAGUCGAAGAACGUCGUCAGCCGCCACGCCCAGAAGCUUCCGCCUACUCCGCUGCCCUCCCUUCCCGUGGCUGCUGAGGCGAGAAGCAAGAUCGCCGAUGUUCUUCCGGAGAUACUGCGCCACGACGUCCCCCUCAAGGGGAUAUCAACGGCGGAUGCCUCCUCCCUCUCGGCCUCAUCCAAGUGGCUCGUCCGUGGCUCCUCCUCCUCCUCCUCCUCCUCUAUGGUCUCGCCGGACUCUCUCAAUCCUCUCCGAGCAUAUGUUUCUCUUCCGCAGGCUACUUUCGGUCCUAAAAGAUGGCAACUGUCUAAUGAACAUCCAAACAUUUCAGCAUCCACAGCAAAUGACUUGAGACGUGAUAGAUUUCCCCGUCCUGCUGAUCCUGAGAAGAUAAAGGCUGCAUUAGCAGCAUACGCCCAAAUUGGGAAGGCAUUUGCUGCUGCUACAUCUAUAGUAUUUGGUGGUGCUACAUUCCUGUUUGUAUAUGUAGCUUAUAAGCUGGAGUUGCACACUACUGAUGAUAUAAGGAUAAAAGUAAGGGAGUUGAUCCAGCCUGGUGCUGAAACAUUAAUGGAGCAAAUGGGUCCAUUUCGUGCUUGGGUCGCUAACACGUCAAGAAAAUGGCAUCAUGAAUCGGAUGGCGGUGCGAAGGAGAAGACUAUUGUUAAAGAGCUAUCUAAGACGUUCCGGGCACGAACACCCAACUGAUGUAUAUGACUCACGGCUGCUUUUUGUACGAGUAUCUCACUGGACCACUUAUUUUAGGAGUCCUUAAAUAGUGUCAUAUGAGGUAUUUUACACUAAACUCAAUAAACUCAAAAUAAAAAUUGUGUCAUGUGGUUAAGAACACUUGGGUUUGGCGUUU